UGAGAGCGGCGCCGGAGCAGCGGCACGGGUUUCCCUCACUUUUCAUUUUCUACUUCUUUAUCUUUUCGGACUCGUCUAUACUUACCAGAUCAGAGUUAAAAGACAGAUAACGGAGACAUGGCCACAGAGCAUAUAAAUGGAAACGGUACUGAAGAACCAAUGGAGACUUCGGCUGCAGUUACCCAUUCAGAACACUUCCAGACAUUAUUAGACGCUGGGUUACCUAGAAAAGUUGCUGUCAAACUAGAUGAAAUUUACCUAGCAGGUCUGGUUUCGCACAGUGACCUUGAUGAUCGUGCAAUUGAAGCUCUAAAGGAAUUUAACGAAGAAGGUGCUCUGCAAGUCCUCCUACAAUUUAAAGAUAGUGACCUCUCACAUGUUCAGAACAAAAGUGCCUUUCUCUGUGGAGUUAUGAAGACAUACAGGCAAAGGGAAAAGCAGGGGACCAAAGUUUCAGAUUCUAAUAAAGGACCAGAUGAGGCAAAAAUCAAAGCUUUGCUCGAAAGAACUGGAUAUACCCUUGAUGUGACAACAGGUCAGAGGAAAUAUGGUGGCCCUCCUCCAGAGUCAACUCACUCAGGUGCACAGCCCACAGUUGGCACAGAGAUUUUUGUGGGGAAAAUCCCUAGAGAUCUCUUUGAGGAUGAGCUGGUACCGCUGUUUGAAAAUGCAGGACCUAUUUGGGACCUGCGCUUGAUGAUGGAUCCCCUCAGUGGCCUAAACAGGGGUUAUGCCUUUGUUACUUUUUGCACUAAAGAGGCUGCUCAGGAUGCUGUCAAACUGUGUAACAACAGCGAGAUACGCCCAGGUAAACAUAUUGGUGUGUGCAUCUCUGUCGCUAAUAAUAGACUGUUUGUGGGAUCCAUCCCCAAGAGCAAAACCAAGGAACAGAUAGUGGAGGAAUUUGCCAAAGUUACCGAGGGGCUGAGUGAUGUAAUUUUAUAUCAUCAGCCUGAUGACAAAAAGAAAAAUAGAGGCUUUUGCUUUUUGGAAUAUGAGGAUCACAAAACAGCAGCACAAGCACGGCGCAAGUUGAUGAGUGGAAAGGUGAAGGUGUGGGGAAAUGUGGUGACUGUGGAAUGGGCAGACCCCAUUGAGGAUCCGGACCCAGAGGUCAUGGCAAAGGUUAAAGUACUUUUUGUAAGAAACCUUGCAAGCACUGUAUCAGAAGAACUCCUAGAAAAUACAUUCAGCCAGUUUGGCAAGCUUGAGAGGGUCAAGAAGCUAAAGGAUUAUGCCUUUAUUCACUUUGAGGAGAGAGAUGGUGCAGUUAAGGCCUUAGCUGAAAUAAAUGGAAAAGAUUUGGAAGGCGAACAAAUCGAAAUUGUUUUUGCCAAACCGCCAGAUCAGAAAAGGAAGGAGCGGAAAGCUCAGAGACAAGCUGCUAAAAGCCAAAUGUAUGACGAAUAUUACUAUUAUGGCCCACCAUAUAUGCCCCCUCCCACUAGAGCAAGAGGAAGAGGCGGCAGGGGAGGUUUUGUUUAUCCCCAUGACUACUACGGCUAUGACGACUAUUACGAUUACUACGGCUAUGACUAUCACAACUACAGAGGAGGAUAUGAAGACCCAUACUAUGGCUAUGAAGACUUCCAGGCAAGAGGACGAGGGGGUCGAGGAGCCCGUGGAGCUGCUCUUUCCAGGGGGCGUGGUGCAGUUGUUGCUAGAGGAAGAGGAAACUUCUCUCAGCGUGGCGGUCCAGAAUCCAAUCGAGGGGCACGUGGCUCCAGAGGUGCAAUUCAGCAGAGAGGCCGUGUGCAGGGCAAGGGAGUUGAGGCUGGUCCUGAUCAGUGACGGUGAACACUGACUUGCUACAUGGGGUUACACCAGAAACUGCCAGUGUAAAAGAUGGUAAGGUCAAGGCAAUUCUCCGAUGAUGUUCCAGCUUUACAGAAGCAGAUACCCCCACUGCCACUCCUGAAACCCAGUGAAAAUUACACUCAGUACCUUUGAACUUGCUGUAUUAAGUCUUGCAAUUAAAAUAAGUCACACCUCAUUGUAACUUGCCCCAAAUAUUACAAAAUACACCAGUGAAAAUAGAAAUUCCUAAAGGAUACUAAACAUCGUUUUUCUUUUUAUUUUGCACUUUCUUUAAGUCUCUGAGUUUGAAGUGGCUCGGUGGAGCUUGAUGAUAAUGUAUAUUUUUGUGCUAAUUGCAAUUUUAUUGUCAGAAUAUCCAUGUUUGUCUAAAUUAAUGAUUUGGAUGAAGAGGACGUGACAUCUGCAGGUUUUUGGUGUAACCACCUUGCAUGGAUAAGUCAGGCAUUCCAGGAAAGUGGUUCUUUUAAGAACUUGUCUUUAAGGGUUGGUUAACUACCUCAGUACAGAGGAUUGAACUACCCUGCCUGUACUGUAAAUAGGGAAACUUAUAUUAAUGAAAGCAGGGCUUGUUUUUUUAUGAAAUAUGCAUUAGAGCAGCUGCUCAAGAUGUACUUAUGUAAUAUAAUCAUUUUGCUGCUGCUCUGACACUGCGAACAGUCAAACUGGGCAUGCAAAAUAAUCUCAUAUGAUGAGCCUGAACAAGCCCUGCUUUUAUUGUAUUUUGAACUGAAUUAGCUGUCUUGCUUCUUCAGAUUAUGUAGUUACUGGUUGUAUGAUUGUAUGAUAGUUUUGGAAUAAAAUGUUACUUUUGUAAAGGCUUGAACAUCACAAAGGCGUCAACUGCUUUUGGUAAGCCCUGCAGUGUCCCUUUUCCUAAUAAAUGGAUUAGCAGUUUUGGGUAACUUUUACAGUUCUAGGAUCACAGAUCAUGUACCAUAUUGCCUUUUAAUUUAAAUCAUGAGUGAUUUUAAUGAUCAAAUUGCCACUCAGCUAGUUAUGAAGACAGAAGAAAACCAGUGUGCUGCUGUGCACUUGGUACAUGUGCCUGUGGCUGUACUCAGUUGGAUGUGAUGGGAAUCAUUUAGUGGGAAAAGGGAUGCUGCAGCUUUGGUUUCUAUUCCAUUAUAUUGCAAACAGUUGACUGAACCAUUCAACCGGUUUUGUACAGUUAACUCCCUCUUGAUGAAGCUGUAUCAACCUUUUGACAAAAUGUUAGCAGUUUUAAACUAUCGUUGGUGGCCAACAACGUUUUUGCAUUCCUGCAAAUAAAUUGUUUUAUACUGUAAAA